AUCACCACAUCACAGGCCAGAAUUUCAAUGCCCCACCAAAUUCAGUUGGCAAUUCCAUCUCGCACGACCUCAUCCUUAAAUCCGACUACCUUUCAAAGGUCCUUCGUCAAAGCCUGCAGAUUAACAUUGUGGCGAACUUGAACAACUCUUGUUCAAACUAACUAGGCUACUCUGACCUAGGGCCAAUCACACAAUAGAGACAGACCUACCCUCGCCUCUGCAACUACGACAUCCUUACACAUCUUCAGUCUUUUCGUUGUCCACCUACGACUUUAUGUCGCCGCUUCUCAACCGUGAGCGCCCGAUCCUUUUGACAUCUUCACCACGCAACUCCUCCAUCCUCCAACAUGGCUCCUAAAAAGAAGGGCGGUAAGAAGCAGGCAGAUGACUGGGAAGCCGAGCUGGGUGAGACAAUCGAUCCCAUAGCGGAAGCAACAGAAGCCGCAAAGAAGGCAGAGCAGGCCGAAGAUGCGGCUGAUGACGCUGGUGCUGCACCAGGUGGUCUGCUGGCUGCCCUGAGGAAAAACAAAGACAAGAGAGCCAAGAAGGGCAAGACUGCACCCAACGAUUUUGUUGAUGGCGAGGAUCCAGAUGCCGCCAUCUCAACCCCUCCCGCCACGGACCUUGACGCCAAAGCACCCACAGAGGCAACCUUCGAUGAUGAAGAUGACAUUUUCUCCGGACCUAUUAAGAAGGGUAAAGGUGGCAAGAAGGCCGAACAGCCCGCCCCACCCGCAGACAAGGAUGAAGAAGAAGGUGGCCUAAAAUCCAAGAAGGAGAAAGAGCGGGAGAAGAAGGAGCGUGAAAAGGCGCGAAAGAAGGAACAGGCAGCGAAGAAAAAGACGACGGGCCCUGCCUCUACACCUGCUCCUGCUGCGAAGCAAGAGCCCGUCAAAGUUGUUGAAGAAGAGAAACCCGCCGCUGCCGCGAAGGACGACAAGGCCGGUAAGAAGAAGAAGGUCCCUGCAGCUCUCGCAGCUCUCCAGAAGCAGCAAGAAGCGUUGGCUCGACAAAGAGACGAGCAGGCAAGGCUAGAAGCCGAGGAGAAGGCCGCUGAGGCAGAGCGAAUCCGCUUAGAGGAAGAAGAGGAGAAGAAAAAGGCCGAGAUCAGACAACGAAAGAAGGAAAAAGAAAAGGAGAAGAAGGAGCAGCUUAAGAGAGAAGGCAAAUUCAUGUCCGAGGCCGAUCGGAAACGCAAACAGCAGACUGAGCUUCGACUGAAGCAGAUGCUCGAAUCAGGCGCCAAGGUGGCCGGACUGGCAGAAGAUGGAGAGGAGAAGAAGAAGAGUGCGCCCAAAGACAACAAGAAGCGAAAGGGUCCCAAGAAAGAGGAGGUCGACCUUGAAGCUGCGGCGGAGAAAGCCCGUCAAGAGGCUGAAGCUGCCGAAGCAGAGCGGCAACGACUCGCCAAAGAAGCCCAGGAAGCAGCUGCUAAAGCAGCAGAAUUGGCGGCCGCGGGGGAUCGAGGCGACUCAUCUGGGAUUGAAGAUUGGGAGCAGGCUGCAGACGAGACUGUCAAGGACAGCUGGGAUGCUGACUCUGACGAAGAGGCAGCAGCAGCUGUGGUACCAGUCACCAACGGCGAUGCGGCCAAGCCUGCCACCAACGGUACCGCUGCACCUGCAUCUGAUUCGAAGCAACUGCCGAUACGCGACCGACCUAUCGAGUCAGAUAGCGAAACUGAAGACUCGGGCGAGACAUCGUCAUCCGAUGAAGAAGGUGGAACUUCGACUCAACGUGCACUGGCCAAGAGAAAAGCGGAUGCAGCAGCUCGGAGACAGAAAGCACACGAAGAAGCGCUAGCCGCGAGAUCAAAGGAUAACCUCCGAUCACCGAUUUGCUGUAUUCUUGGACACGUCGAUACCGGUAAGACGAAAUUGCUUGACAAGAUCCGACAAACCAAUGUGCAAGAAGGAGAAGCGGGUGGAAUUACGCAGCAGAUUGGUGCUACAUACUUCCCCGUGGAUGCUCUGGAGAGCAAGACGGCUGUUGUCAACAAAGAUGGGUCGUUUGAGUUCAAGGUCCCUGGUCUGCUCGUGAUCGAUACUCCUGGCCACGAGUCUUUCUCCAAUUUGCGGUCGAGAGGCUCGUCCCUUUGCAACAUUGCUAUUUUGGUGGUGGACAUUAUGCACGGUCUAGAGCAGCAGACGAUUGAGUCGAUGAACUUGUUGCGAGACCGCAAGACACCUUUCAUUGUGGCGUUGAACAAGAUCGAUCGUCUGUACGGAUGGAAGAAGAUUGACAACAACGGGUUCCAAGACAGUUUGGCUAUGCAGAACAAGGGUGUCCAAAACGAAUUCCGCGAUCGUCUGGAGCAGACCAAGCUUGCGUUUGCCGAAAAGGGCUUCAACGCCGAGCUUUUCUACGAGAACAAAGACCAACGAAGAUAUGUGUCACUGGUGCCUACCUCGGCGCACACAGGUGAAGGUAUUCCAGAUAUGCUCAAGCUCCUGGUGACAUUGACACAAGAGAGAAUGACGUCGAGUCUCAUGUAUCUGUCCGAGGUUGAGUGUACUGUACUUGAAGUCAAGGUGAUAGAAGGCUUGGGCACGACAAUCGAUGUCAUUAUUUCCAACGGUAUUCUUCGAGAGGGCGAUCGAAUUGUGUUGUGUGGUUUGAAUGGGCCGAUUGCGACCAACAUUCGAGCACUGUUGACCCCGGCACCACUCAAGGAACUCAGACUCAAAUCGCAGUAUGUUCACAACAAGGAGGCCAAGGCGGCGCUUGGUGUAAAGAUUGCAGCCAACGAUCUAGAAGGAGCCAUUGCUGGAUCGCGUCUUCUCGUGGUGGGACCUGAAGAUGACGAGGAAGACCUGGAAGACGAAGUCAUGGCAGAUCUCCAGAACCUCCUCAGCAAGGUGUCCAAGGACAAUCGCGGUGUGAGUGUGCAAGCAUCAACCCUGGGUUCAUUGGAGGCACUGUUGGAGUUCCUUCGCGAGAUGAAGAUUCCCGUGGCCAACAUCUCAAUUGGACCUGUGUUCAAGCGAGAUGUGAUGAUGGCGGGUACGAUGCUGGAAAAGGCGAAACAGUUUGCCGUCAUGCUUUGCUUCGAUGUGAAGGUAGACAAGGAAGCACAACAGUACGCGGAUGAGAACGGCAUCAAGAUCUUCACCGCGGACAUUAUCUACCACUUGUUUGACAAUUUCACAGCUCACAUGGCCAAGAUCCAAGAGCAGAAGAAGGAAGAGAGCAAGCUGAAUGCGGUGUUCCCGGUUGUGUUAUCACCACUGCAGGUGUUCAACAAGAAAGAUCCAAUUGUGGUUGGUGUGGAUGUGAUUGACGGCAGUCUGCGGGUGCACACGCCCAUUGCAGCGGUGCGAACAAACCCAGUGACCAACGUCAAAGAGAUUGUCAGCUUGGGACGAGUGACAUCGAUUGAAAGAGAACACAAGGCCAUCCCUAUAUGCAAAAAGGGACAGCCGUCGGUGGCAGUUAAGAUCGAGGGACCCAACCAACCGAUGUAUGGUCGACAGCUGGAAGACAAGGACACACUGUACUCGCUUAUUUCCCGAACCUCAAUCGACACAUUGAAAGAAUUUUAUCGGGACGAGGUGACGAAGGAUGAAUGGGUAUUGAUCAAGAAGCUCAAGCCUCUAUUCGACAUCCCGUAAGGGUUGAUGCUGCAAAAGGGGAGUGCUUGACGAGCUGAUGAACUCAUGGCUACUGCGACAUCUCUGGGUAGUCCUCUCGGCAAUGAGCCACAUGUGUCAAUGGGAAUAGAUAAAUUAUGUGUGAAAAAGUACCAAGUGACUCAUUUUAAGUAAUGUUUGAUGAUUAUAGACUGGAGAGAUGAGUAUAUG